AAUUAUUAAGAGAGAGGGUUUGAUUUAGCUCGUCUAUUUAAGACGACUACAAAAUACACUGAAAAACACAAUGACACAGAAAACACUGCGUGAUGUCUGUCUGACAAAAAGUCAAGUUAUAGAGGAUUGCUUUUUUACCGCAUAUAGUGACUGGCCAACUAUAAAAAAAUUGAGGAAUUUGUCGAUGAUAGAGGAUGAUAUAUUAAUAUCUUCAUAUAUGAGAUCAGGAACUCAUUGGGCCGCUGAGCUGGUAGACUUGGUGAGGCACAAUGGUGACACAGAUGCCAUAAAAGCACAAAUUCAUGAAAGAGUACCUUGGCUAGACAUGUCAAACAAAGCAUGGAGAGGUGAACUGAAUGUAUUUGAAGAUGAGCCAGAUGUUGUUGGGAGCUGGUUUGAAGAGUUGGAGAAAAUGCAGUCUCCAAGGCUAAUGGCAACUCACCUCUCAGCUAAAUUCAUGCCUGAUGGCGUUAUCAAUGGGAUAUGCAAGACAAUUCUUGUCUUACGAAAUCCAAAGUCUGUGACCGUUAGCCUUAAAUUUUCCCUCGAUGGUUUUGGACCGGCCUUUACAGAGCCAAUUACAGUGGAUAUCAUCAUGAACUCGUUAAUGACAGACAGUGGAGAAAAAAUGCAUUGUGGUACAUGGUUUCAACAUGUUGAAUCUUGGAUGAAGGUGAAGGAACAACUAAAGGAUAAACUAUUAGUAAUCUUCUAUGAGGACAUGGUCAAGGACACCAAAAGUGUUGUGAAAUCGGUCGCCAAAUUCCUAGGAAAAGAAUUUACUGAUGAAGAACUUGCUAAAAUGGUUCACCAUCUUCAGUUUAAACAGAUGAAAGCAAAUCCAGCCACUGGCGAUGCAUUUGCAGAUGCAGUAAAGAGUGU